AUGAGACUCACCGACGCCUCGGUCCUAGCGAUGCUGCCCGCCACUGGCCUCGCGGCCUGCAGCACAGCCUACCCGGCCGACGAGAUCAGCGGCACGCUGCUUCGCACUGUCGUGCUCGACAUGGGUAACGACGCCGCCAACGUCACGGCCGCCGAGUACGACCAGUACUUUGAGCAGGGGAGCGCUCUCGAGGGCGUCGAGGCCGUCAUUGCCGCCAGCCAGUUCUACAUCAACCUGUGGGCCAUCCCGGGCACAGAGGCCGCCUUUCGGAACGCCAGCCAGUGCCUGACAGACGGCUAUCCGGUUAACCAGGUGCCCUGGCUGUAUUACAACGCCACCACUGCGAGCUGGUGGGGCGGCUACGAGGCCGAGACCGAGGCCGACAGCUACGACGACGCCGCCCUCUCUGUCGUUACAGGUCUCAUCGCCGGGCACAUGGUGCGCUUCUGGGACACCAACGGCGACGGCUACACCGAUCUCAUCGAUGCCGACUACAUCGAGGGCUUCACCAUCGACACCGUCACUGUUGCGCCACGCGACCUCUUUCUCUCUUUCUCCCUCUUUCGCAAGGCAGAAGUGGGAAUGGUUGGUGCGACUCUAGGACAUGUAUAUCUGUAUAUACUCCGUAAGCCUCUGGCACUUCGUUCGCUUCCACUUUGGUUCAAGAAUCGAGCAUAUCACCUUCAAUCUAGGCGGCACGUCGACUUUUGA